CCUCGACUUCCCCUCUUCUGUUCAUCCUCCCACUCUUGUGAUCAUCCUUCAUCUCCAACACGCAACUCAACGCGCGCACUCUUCGUCCUCCCCGGCCCAUCACCACUCAAGCGCACCCUUCGCCUCUAGACGCGCCGCUUUCCAACACUGGCUUUAAGCCAGCUUCUCCCCCUUCAACCACUCACACGUCCUUCCUAUGACCAGAAUAUCAAACCAAAUGACCAGCAACAUCCACCAGUCUAAUCAAGACACACUUUAAACCCCACGGGAGCGCGCCGAGCGAGGAGGAACCCUAGGAACCAGGCGAUUUCAACCAUCGUGUCAAUUCGAAGAGAGCCGCAGUGCAGAUCAAGCCGCCCACCCAUCAUCCUCGUCGCCGUCGUAGCAACCGGCAUAGCCAUCCGACGAUACCCUCUGAGAGAGAGAGAGAAAGAGAGAAAAAUCGCGACCACAACCCCGACCCUUCAAGAUGCCCGGCGCAAGCGUUGCGGUUCUUCCUACGUCCGCUUCAUCAACACCGGCCUCGCGCAAGGCAUCACUAGCCCCAGAACGCAAAUACAAGUGCCAGUUCUGCAAUCGAGCCUUCAGUAGAAGCGAGCAUCGCAGUAGGCAUGAGCGAUCCCAUACCAAGGAGCGCCCCUUCAAGUGCAUGAAGUGUCGCAGCACAUUCGUCAGACGUGACCUUCUCCUCCGACACGAUCGUACCGUGCAUGCCAAAGAUGGAGGGGUCCCUCUUCACAGUGAUGGUAAGAGACGUUCGGGUCCCAAGACGCGAGCUAUUGGCGGUCCUGCAAAGACACCCAUGCUCGACCAGUCCGCGUUAGAUCAGAUCGAAGCCGCCUCUCACGACGGCACUUUCGACAUCGAGACCGCUGCCAUGCUUGUCGCCGACUUCCAACACAAAGCCGCCGCCGGCGCACGCUCAGGAGGCAGCCCAUCGAUGCCCUACUCGCCGCAUACCAUGGAGCCUACCGUCGCGUAUCCUUCGGGUGCCAUCCCCGUGCCUCAAUGGGAGAGCUUCAUGUCUCAAUCGUCCGACGCCAAAGCACACUCGAUCGCAUCGUCGGCAUCCGGCUCCUUCGAGUCGCAGCAGUCCUUCAACAGCACAGGGACCAUACAGCCACACAACACCCAGCUUCCACCUAUCAACGGUCAGACGUGUAAUGGUCUCGUUCCCGCACUCCAGUCCAUGAUCAACUCUCUACCGAACUCUGGAGCCGGUACACCUGUGCCGCAGAGUCCCUACGUCAGCGAGGCGACUUUGUCUGCCGCAGGCUUCCGAGCCCCCCAGGUCGCCAACGACGACGAGCGAAACCAAAUUCUCGACAACAUUCGUGCUCAAGAUACGGAACAUGCCAUUCCUGAGGGUUUCCGCCUUCCAAACCUGGCGUCGCUGAACCGAUUCCUGUCCACCUACUUCGGGCUAUUUCAUCACCACCUCCCGUUUCUGCACCCCGCCUCCUUCGACUCGACCACGGUGUCUCCUGCUCUGCUCCUUGCCGUGCUGAGCAUAGGGGCGCUCUAUGCGUUUGAUCAGGAUCAGGCCUACAUGCUCCACAUCGGAUCCAAGGUCUUGGUCAACCAGUUCCUUCAGAACAAGGAGAACUUUAGCUCGCGCAAGUGCCCGCUUUGGACGAUGCAAGGUUCGCUCCUGAACAUGAUCUUUGCCAGCUGGAGCGGUGAUCCGAAGGGGCUUGAGUGGGCCUGUUCCAUCAAGAGCUUGCUCGCCAACAUGGUGGCUGGAAACCGGUACGAGCUGAAGCUUCGCCAGGAGGCUCGCUCUGGCGCCCAUCCCACCCGCAACGAGUGGAUUGAGGAUGAAGGUUGCCGACGCACAUACUACGCCGUUUACAUCUUCUUUGGUCUGCUCACUCUGACGUACAAUCACACGCCGGCCAUUAGCUUCAACGAGUUUGAGGACCUGCAGCUUCCUUCUACGGAGGCGCUCUGGAACCUCAAGGUUGCGGGCGAGGCCUCUUGGCAUGAGCAUCUGAAGGCGUCGCCUGUGGUCACAUUUAUGGAGGCGCACGACAACCUGUUCCAGGGAGAGACACUCCGGUACAGUGCGUUUGCGUCGCGGGUCAUGAUCAACGCCCUGUUCCUCGAAGUGUGGUACCACAAGCGCAGUCCUGAGGCUCUCCAAGACGUUGUGACUGAGUAUAAGCUCAGACUCGCGCUCGAGACGUGGGAGAAAUCCUGUGAGCUUUGCGAGCCCGAGACCGUGGCGGUCCCGUUGAGUGCUCCCCACAAGGGACAUCCCCUCAUCUUCAACGCCAAGGCUAUGUACCGGAAUGCGCGGGCUCGCCUGGAGGUUGACUUGAAAUCCGUGCAAGAGGCAUUGCGCUACCACGAUUCCUACGAGGUCGCAGCUGCCAUGUCGAACGCGCGGGAUCGCGUCAAGCGCUCCAGUGAGAUGAUCAAGGUCAUCCAGGAGUGCUACAACUGCAUUGAGAUUGCUGUGGUACAGGGCGUCCGCUGGGUUGCACGCACCUCGCCGACGAACUGGAGCGUUGAGCAUGCCUUGUGUGGCCUUGACCUGAUGAUUGUCCUCUCGCUUUGGCUCUACCGUCUGGAACAUGACGAAGAACAAGCUACAGAGGAAGAGCUCGCCAUGUACAAUAAGGUCCGGCUGCUCUUCGACAAGGACCUCGAUGAAGCGUACGCUACCCAGCUGAGCUCUGUCGUUGCCCGGCUGUGGGGCAGCAUGCUGGACGAGGUCGUGGUCUGGGGAAUCACCAGACUCAUGGGCGAAUCAUUCCGCCUCCAUGCGCAAGCACUUGUCGGCUAUGUCGACGACAUGGAAGCAUCCUCAAGCGUUUCGACCCCUUCGAUGAUUUCUCAGGGGGCCGACGAGGACAGCGUGUACUAGUUCCGAGAUGACUGAACGAUUUCCUAUGUUCUUUUCCGUCCUUGUUUUCUUCUUCUCUUUCUCCCUUAGGUUUCGUCUCCUUGGCAUAUACCUCUUCGUCUGGCGGGCUGAAUUUCUGGCGUAACGGAUUUGGAGUGAUUCAUCGGACACUCCCUCUCGGUCUGAGGCUUUUUCCCCCUUACGUGGCAGGGGGAACAGGCGUCACAGAGAGGCUUUGAUUUUCGGGGUUGUCAUUGCGCAUUAUGCCCCAGCCUGCUCUGGUGGGAUUGCGAUCUUUCCUACGCAGUUGUUUCCUUCACGAGCGUCACAGCAUUGGACUUGGUCAUGGGCAAUAAUGGGGCCGGUUACACAGGGAUAGUUGGGGGUAUAGGGUUCGGCGCGGAUUCCUGGGUAAAGCAAACCUGGGAAGAUUAGGAUAAUUCGGGCCCUGUUCACGCAUCCCAGAGACUGACUGCCUCAGGGCACUGAUGGCUGGUCCAGGGUGGGGUUGGUGACCGCUUGUUUCGUUUUUGUUCUAUUAGCUUCAUACUAAUGUUUUGUGGUGCUGAUAUCCAUUUCAUCUUUUUCUUCUCCUCUACACCUGUUUUUCCUCGUUUGCUUUAACCGGUCUAUGCUUGUUGAUCUCUUUUAUUUAGCUUAGUUGUCUUGUUGCGAGUCUUUGCCUCUGCGUUUUCGAGUUUUGCUUCUUUCCGCUCUGCUCAGAUACCUUGUUCGAUAUACAAAUUGCAGUACCUCUUUGCCUUGGAAUCCCGCGUUGUCUGUUUGGAUUUGAGAUUGUCUUUGCUCUGGAACGCGGUCUUGGCAUGACUGCAAUUGAAUGUCCGGGACGGGAAGGCCGCAGAGGCUGACCGAGAGGGCAAUCCUCCAAGUCAAGGCAUUCCCCGAGUCCUGUCAUCAUCGGACGAAAAGGGAGCGUGGAAGAUGGGUUUUCCGAGCAAAUGCGUUGUAUAUUAGAAAGUUUCCUAGGAGUUGGGCAGCAUUGAAAUCACUUCUCC